CACACAUGGCUUAAAGUGCGAGAAAGUGUAUACUUGCAUUGAAGAAGGCAGACGUGCUUUUGCGUUUUCGUAUCGAAAUUGAUUGGAUCAUACAUCCAACAAUCCACUUCACUGGAAUAUUUCUAGUAUAAAUAUUAACAUUUCAUCUCGCAAACAUCGUAGAAAGUGCAAUAGUUACGCGAUUGAAGUACACAUUCUAAAACAGCCAACCAUUGCAAGAUCUCCUUUGAAAGUUAAUUUUUAUGGAGGCUGUAAACUAGUUCACUAGUAUAUUUGACCAUUCGAAUAGAACCAUUACAUUUUAAAGAAGCAUAUACUUCCAUGCUGCAACGUUGUGAUAAGGAGUAGAGCGGAAUGAAUUUUGCAAUAAUUUCCGCAUUUUGUGUCCUGAAUCUCAUCUACUGCGUGCUCGGCGGAUUGUCUGGGUUAUAUGUGGAUAAUGGAGCCGGACAAACUGUGAUGGAUACAAUGAUGAGUACCGAUGACCAACUCGAAAUUGAACAUGAAAUAUUAGAGCUGCUUGGACUUCCCGAGAGGCCUCGAAAACGCCACUUGCACUCAUCAAUAAGUAAAUCAGCCCCACAAUUUCUAUUGAACGUGUAUGAUAAAUUAUCGUCGGAUACCAGCAAUAACCAUAACCGUCAUGUCCGAAGCGCUGAUGACGUUGAUGUCUUAUUUACUGAAGCAGAUAAUAAGGCGAUUGAUCAGAGUGAUAUCAUUAUGACAUUUUUGAAUAAAAAUCACCAUGUUUCGGAAGUGCGCCAUGAGAAAGGACGCCGCUUAUGGUUUGAUGUAAACGAAAUGGAAGAUGACGCUGAACUGAUUUUAGCUGAAUUGAGAUUGUAUCAAAGGCAUGAGCUUAACAAGUAUGGCACUGACGAGGUUAAUAUUACGGUCGCUGUCUAUUCAAUCAUCAAUUUGGAUGGUGAAAAAGAGCUUGCAAAAAUUGCAGAAGUAGACCUACCCCACUAUGACGGAUGGAUUGAACUAAAUGUCACUAGUACUGUCAUGCAAUGGACAACCGAUGCAAGUUCCAACAAAGGAUUCUAUAUAGGAGCAUAUCUGAAGAAUCGUCCAGAUAGAGAAAUUAAGCUGGAUGAAAUUGGUUUGGUAAAUGCUAGAGGAGACGAUAAAUAUCAACCUUUCCUGGUUGCCUAUUGCAGAAGUCCUCAGAUUGUCAAGCCCGUUUUGCAUAGUCUUUCAAGAAGCAAAAGAAACACACAGAGAAAGCGCAAGAAUAAGUCGGAAAAUCGAAACCCGUUGAUCGAGUUACCCAUAGAUCACCAUAAGAGCUGCCAGAUUAAAACACUCUAUGUAAGCUUCAAGGAUUUGAACUGGCAGGACUGGAUAAUUGCACCGGAGGGUUAUGGAGCAUUCUUCUGCAGUGGAGAGUGCAACUUCCCACUAAAUGCUCAUAUGAAUGCGACAAACCAUGCCAUUGUACAGACGCUCGUACACUUAAUGCACCCAAGUAAAGUGCCUAAACCGUGCUGCGCUCCUACAAAGCUGAUACCAAUCUCGGUGCUAUACCACAUAGAUGAAUCUAAUGUAAAUUUGAAGAAGUAUAAAAACAUGGUGGUCAAAAGCUGCGGAUGUCACUGAUUGUGCUUAAGUAAAUAAGGAUUUGUCAAAUGAAAACAAAUUAUCAUAAAGAUCAAUCAACAGUGCUACUGUGAAUGUAUGAUCAAGUUUUUUUUCUUAACUAAUCUUCUAUGCCUCCAAAUUUUCUAUAUUGCCAACCUCAACCCCUCUACCGGCAGCAUAAUU